GGGCAAGAUGGCGGCGGCAGUAGGGGUCCGCGGCCGGUGCGAGCUGCCGCCUUGCUCCGGCCCAGGCUGGCUUCUCAGCCUUUCCGCCUUGCUGAGCGUGGCGGCUCGAGGGGCCUUCGCCACCACCCACUGGGUCGUCACAGAGGACGGGAAGAUCCAGCAGCAGGUGGAUUCACCAAUGAACUUGAAGCAUCCCCAUGACUUAGUCAUAUUAAUGAGACAAGAAACAACAGUUAACUACCUCAAAGAAUUGGAGGUGAGGAAAAGGGGUGUACAAGAGAGAAUUAAUCUUUCCGCACCUCUGUUACCUAAAGAAGAUCCAGUCUUUACAUAUCUWUCUAAACGAUUAGGACGGAGUAUAGAUGACAUUGGCCACCUCAUUCAUGAAGGCUUACAGAAGAAUUCUUCCUCGUGGGUACUCUAUAACAUGGCUUCAUUUUACUGGAGAAUAAAAAAUGAACCAUAUCAGGUAGUGGAAUGUGCCAUGCGAGCACUUCAUUUCUCUUCCAGACAAAAUAAAGACAUUGCCCUGGUCAAUUUGGCAAACGUUCUGCACAGAGCACACUUCUCUGCUGAUGCUGCUGUGGUGGUCCAUGCAGCUCUGGAUGACAGUGACUUCUUCACCAGCUAUUACACGUUGGGGAAUAUAUAYGCAAUGCUUGGAGAAUAUAACCACUCAGUGCUGUGUUAUGACCAUGCUUUGCAGGCCAAACCUGGGUUUGAGCAAGCUAUAAAGAGGAAGCAUGCUGUUCUAUGUCAGCAAAAACUUGAACAGAAAUUGGAGGCUCAACAUAGAUCCCUCCAGCGAACACUUAAUGAGUUAAAAGAGUAUCAGAAGCAGCAUGACCACUACUUGAGACAGCAGGAAAUCCUAGAAAAACACAAGCUGAUUCAAGAAGAGCAAAUCUUAAGAAAUAUCAUCCAUGAGACUCAGAUGGCAAAAGAGGCACAGUUAGGAAAUCAUCAGAUAUGCCGUCUAGUCAACCAGCAGCACAGUUUACAUUGCCAGUGGGACCAACCYGUACGCUACCAUCGAGGAGAUAUCUUUGAAAAUGUGGACUAUGUUCAGUUUGGUGAGGAUUCAUCAACCUCUAGUAUGAUGUCUGUGAACUUUGAUGUUCCAGCAAAUCAGAGUGAUAUCAGAGAUUUGGUCAAGUCUUCUCCUGUAGCCCAUUCUAUUCUAUGGAUCUGGGGUCGGGACUCGGAUGCCUAUAGGGACAAGCAGCAUAUCCUGUGGCCCAAAAGAACAGAUUGUACAGAAAGCUACCCUAGAGUCCCUGUUGGUGGGGAAUUGCCAACAUAUUUUCUGCCUCCAGAGAACAAAGGACUCAGGAUCCACGAACUCAACAGUGAUGAUUAUUCUUCAGAAGAAGAGGCCCAAACCCCUGACUGUUCCAUAACUGACUUCAGAAAAAGCCACACUCUGUCCUACUUAGUCAAAGAAUUAGAGGUCCGCAUGGAUCUGAAAGCCAAAAUACCAGAUGACCAUGCACGAAAAAUAUUGCUUUCCCGUAUUAAUAACUAUACUAUCCCAGAAGAAGAAAUUGGGUCUUUCUUAUUUCAUGCUAUUAAUAAGCCAAAUGCUCCCGUCUGGCUCAUACUCAAUGAAGCUGGACUCUACUGGAGAGCAGUAGGAAAUAGCACUUUUGCUAUUGCCUGUCUCCAGAGGGCUUUGAAUUUAGCUCCGAUUCAGUACCAGGACAUUCCUCUUGUCAACUUAGCCAACCUUUUGAUUCACUAUGGACUUCAUCUUGAUGCUACUAAGCUGCUACUUCAAGCUUUGGCCAUCAAUAGCUCUGAGCCCCUGACCUUCUUGAGCCUUGGAAAUGCUUACCUUGCUCUGAAGAAUAUCAGUGGGGCACUUGAAGCCUUUAGACAGGCCUUGAAAUUAACUACCAAAUGUCCAGAGUGUGAAAACAGCCUGAAGCUGAUCCGCUGUAUGCAGUUUUAUCCUUUUCUGUACAACAUCUCCUCUUCUGUUUGCAGUGGUACAGUGGUUGAGGAAAGCAAUGGUUCUGAUGAGAUGGAGAAUUCAGAUGAAACAAAGAUGUCAGAAGAGAUACUGGCUUUGGUGGAUGAAUUUCAACAGGCCUGGCCGCUGGAAGGCUUUGGGGGAGCGCUUGAGAUGAAGGGGCGACGUCUAGACUUGCAGGGGAUACGUGUGCUCAAGAAAGGUCCCCAGGAUGGAGUGGCCAAAAGCUCUUGUUAUGGAGACUGCAGAAGUGAAGACGAUGAAGCAACAGAGUGGAUCACAUUCCAGGUCAAACGUGUAAAGAAACCCAAAGGAGAUAAGAAAACUCCUGGGAAAAAGGUUGAAUCAAACCAAGCAGAAAAUGGGCAUCGUUACCAAGCAAACCUGGAGAUCACUGGUCCCAAGGUGGCAUCUCCUGGGCCACAAGGAAAAAAACGAGACUACCAGAGUCUGGGGUGGCCCAGCCCAGAUGAGUGCCUCAAGCUCCGCUGGGUAGAGCUGACUGCCAUCGUGAGUACCUGGCUUGCAGUUUCUUCAAAAAACAUUGACAUCACAGAACACAUAGACUUUGCCACCCCCAUACAGCAGCCAGCAACAGAGCCCCUGUGCAAUGGCAAUCUCCCCACGAGCAUGCAUACCCUGGACCACUUGCACGGGGUGUCCAACCGAGCCAGUCUGCACUACACUGGUGAGAGUCAGCUGACAGAGGUAUUGCAAAAUCUUGGUAAAGACCAAUAUCCACAACAGUCACUUGAACAAAUUGGCACCCGAAUUGCCAAAGUUUUGGAAAAGAAUCAGACAUCCUGGGUCCUUUCCAGCAUGGCAGCCCUCUACUGGAGAGUGAAAGGCCAAGGAAAGAAGGCCAUUGACUGCCUACGCCAGGCCCUCCACUACGCUCCUCACCAAAUGAAGGAUGUGCCCCUGAUUAGCCUGGCCAACAUCUUGCACAACGCCAAGCUCUGGAACGAUGCCGUCAUAGUGGCCACCAUGGCAGUAGAGAUCGCACCACACUUUGCUGUGAACCAUUUCACACUUGGCAACGUCUACGUGGCAAUGGAAGAGUUUGAGAAAGCACUGGUGUGGUAUGAGUCGACGCUGAAGCUGCAGCCCGAGUUUGUCCCAGCCAAGAACCGGAUCCAGACCAUUCAGUGUCACUUAAUGCUGAAAAAGGGCCGCCGUUCUCCCUAGCACGCUCCUUCUCUCCUCCCUUCACUCAUGCUCUCAGAAAAAGAGUCAGAAAAGAACCCAAUCACUGUCGGUAUCUACUUUUAAUGAUGUGUGUGCAAAUUACUGAGUAAGACUUAAAGCAGGACUUUCACGUAUGUGGGAAUUGGUUUGGUUUUGGUUUUCAGUUCUUUCCCCCAGCCACCCUCGGAAGAGGCAUCUUCAGAAACACAAAUUUCUUAGGAAGAAAACACAGCUUAACGAUAUCGUGUAAAUACUGAGCCAAGACAUUUCUGGAGCUACGCGCUGUCUCCAAAACCKCGAGGCCUGUAGGGCUUUCCUGAGAGGCCCAGCCAGCCUCCUCUGGAGGAGCCAAACCACACUGCACAUCCUCUGCUUCCUGUCGUAGCCUCGGUUGUCAGUGGAGACGCMAGCCCAGCUGGUGCCAGCCAGUGAGAAGCAAUGUCCCGAGCUCCCUCCACCACCCUGCAGUCCCCAGUCUUGUCCAUUCCAUUGCUGCUAGGUUACAAACUCUCAGAGGUAGUUUGCAGGGGAGGAAGGGGAAACGAUUUUUAAGACAAAAUAUUUACAACAACCGAAACUCUUAGGAUCACCCGACCUUUGUAAUGUUAUUUAUGUUGGGGAGGGAGGGGGGCUGAGGAGGGGGAAUCCGCAGUGUGCAACAUCUUUAUCAUUUGUACUUUAAUUACAAAUCGCAAGGAAACCAAUACGUUGAAAUCCUAUAUAACAGGUUUAUAUAUAUAGAAUAUGUAUAUUUGAAGCCCUCUACAGACUGAGUCUAUGUUUUACUAAYUCUUUGUUCACUGUGUUACCCAUCUUGGAACAAGGUGCACCUGGCGCUCCCUCUCCACUAGGCCUCCCAUGAGCUCCUCGGGAGAGAGCAGGAUCCAGGGCCAGUGUCUCCACACAAUGCCUUUGGCUUUGGUCCCAGGAGAAUCGGAAACUCCAACAGUUUGGAAUCUUCAAGGGCACAUAUUGAGAACAAAAAUAAAAGUUGUUUAUGAGCAAAA